AUGCAAAACCAGGACAAUGUCUCUGCAGGCCUGAUGCAUACUGAAUCCCAGAUUGAUACAUCCGAUGCCUCUGCUGCGCCAAAUGUUCAAUUUGGCGGGGUUUCUGGCCAGCCAGAGACUCGUGGCACUAGGGGCGUGGAUGCGCCUUUUGGGUUCAAGCCUAGUACAGAUGAACGUCCAGCCUUUUGGGCUGGCCCUUCGCCGUCGCCGUGGCAUACCGGUGGACUAUUUGGAGUUGGAUCUGGAUCGUCAGCUAGGCAAGCGCAAAAUAUUACACCAGCUGGACCACCAGAGAAUCGUGGCACGAGGGGCAUGGAUGCGCUUUUCGGCUUGAAAUCGAGUACGGAUGCACGUCCAACCUUCGGGGCUGGACAUUUGCCUUCACCUUCGCAUGCUGCUGGACUAUUUCGGACUGGAACUUCAUCAUUUGGAACUGGGAUUCCACCUAAUCCUGAGCCAUUUGGAUUUGGUUCAUCUGCGAGGCCAGCGCAACACAGUUCAUUGUUUGGACCACCGGCGACAGGUAUGUCAACAGGCCCCGGCCGAUGUAUCGGUGUUUUCUCAACUGGGGAUGUGACUGAAACGAAAGUACCCGAGAAGCCGGAGACGCUCAUUCAAGCUGUCAAUCGCAAUUCGGUGGACGCGUUACAAGACUUGCUGCCUCUCACAACUAACCCCCAAGAGCUCGAUGAAGUAAUGGAUAUUGUGGCGAGCAAGGGCGAUGCAGUUAUGAUGAAGUUUCUUCUGGGCUCUGCUCGUGUGAACGUGGACGGUGCCUCCAAUGACACUCCCCUCUUUCGCGCAGCGCUUGGACAUCACCUUGAAGCAAUGAAACUACUUCUGGACUACGGCGCUGAUCCAAAGAAAAGGUCCAGAGGGUUGCGAUCCCAUGGCUGCAUCAUGGCUGGUAUUACUGUGCAGUUAUCCACGCCAUUGCAUGCCGUUGCGGGAUUCGACAAUGUGACCGGUGUUCAUACACGCAACGCAUUCCCACAGAUCGCGGAGGUUCAGCAGCGCGCUCGGGAAUGCUGCCAAUUGCUUUUGGAUGCUGGGUGUGACCCCAAUAGCCGGGGUUAUGAUGAAAACACUCCUCUUCAUUUCUGUGCAGCCAGUAAUCUUAUCGUGGUGGCGGAGACACUGUUGAAGCAUGGCGCAGACCCCUUUCCCGUUAAUAAAGCGGGUUUGAUUCCUCUUGCACUGGUUCGUCUAUCAACCGGCAGAGACAGUAUUCCCAUGAUCCAUUUGUUCACGCAACAUGGACGUAAACUGGAUGAGCCUUGUGGGAACGAUCGGAAAACUCCUCUCCAUCACCAGUUCCAAUUGCGGCAUGAUAUAGAUCUGAGCCUUUUAUCUCCUUCUGUGACUGACUGGAAUGUCGCGAACGCCAAGGGAGAAACUGUCUUGCACCAAGUCAUGAGCUGGACGCCUCUGCCAACAUACAAGUUGGUGUCAGAUCUGAUCAAAUUAGGAGCUGAUGUUCGAUGCAAAGACGACGCAGGCAUUCAGCCAAUCCAUAGUAUCAUCAGUCGUUAUGCACCCAAAUUUCUCGAAGGUCAAGGGCCUAUCAUUCGCCUACUUCUCGGCGUGGGAGCAAACCUGGAUGAAAAAGACCACGAAGGGAGAACUCCUUUACAUCAUUUGGUCAAUGAAGUAACUAUGAGGACCGGUAACUAUGGAGCUGUCUGCGAUUUUGUCAGAGAAUUUAGCCCUGAUGUCCACGCUGUCGAUCAUGAUGGGAAUGGUGUACUGCAUUUGGCGUUGCAGAAAGGGCCAGAAAGCUUCACGAUUUGUCUGUGGUCGCCUGCCAUACUGACUGGGUUGGUGGAAUUCGGCGCUGAUCCACGUCUCAUCAAUCGAUACGGUGAAAACCUGAUGCAUAUCCUGAUGAGAUGCAAUCAUGUGAAAGCUGGGAAUUUCCCUGUCAACAUCUUGCAAUUGCUAUUUGACUAUGGCAUUUCCAGCUCAUCUCAAGACGAAGAUGGGAAUACUCCUCUACACAUUCUUUGCUCAACAAAGUUGAAUUCUACAAUGAAAAAUUGGCUGAAGGACAAAGGCCUCGAACUUGUGCUCUCCUCUGGUGAUAUCGAUCUCCUUCAAACGCCCAACCAUGCGGGUAUGGAACCAAUUCACCUCGCUGCCGCCAAUUCAAAGCCACUUGUAUCGAAGCUUAUUUCUCGAGGUGUUUCAAUCUCCAACCAAACAUUGACAAACCAAAACGUUCUGCAUUUUGCCGCGUCAGCACGAGAGGGGAAUAAUGUCGGCCUCCUCAUUGCUGAAAGCCGAGCAAAGAAAACCCUGGACUCCCUCCUGAAUCAACGCGAUGGAAAUGGCUCCUCACCCCUCCACAAAGCCUGCCAGUCCGGGUCUCUGGAAUCUGUACUUUUUUUAGUCGAAGCUGGAGCGGAGGUUGAUAUCCAAGAUAACACCGGCGUUACACCCCUGGAUCUAUGUCGUAACAUCAUCGAUCAAGUCGAGCAAGCGGGUGUAGAAAUGUGGGAAACUCAAACCACCAGGAGCCACCUCUUUUACGAUGUGCAAAUCGGCUGCGAACCAAACCCGCAACCAAAUGAUGCUGGCCAGAUGAUGGAAAUAAUAUGUUUCCUCGAACAAGCCAUGGGUCAAAAGCCGCGACUCAGAGGAGACUACGAUCUAGAUAUUGCUAGACUCCCGUUCCGUCACUCCUUGUCCCGCUUUACAUCUGUAUUCCUUCGCGGCCAUUAUCAACCUAUCCAGAAAUUAAUCAACUCGGGAAUCAUCAUUCCUCUUAGAACUGGUGGGUCCGGAUACGAUCACAAAUUUGAACAGAAGAGCAGUGAUUUGCUGUCCCAGCUGAUCAUGGGCGGAUAUGUCUUUUUGUUCGACAUGAUCGCUGGAUCACUCCAAGACACACACUGGUCAAGUGGUCUGGAUGGUGCACCCCCUUACAUCCUCACAGCAGCGAUGCGAACUGAGCCAAACAUGCCAAUACUACGCCUGCUCGUAGAGAAAUACGGCGCUGAUCUCAAUGCAAAAGGCCCAGUCGGGAAUUGUAUAUGGGGUUCUCUUGACUAUGGCGCCUUGCAUAUGCUGGCCAGAGGUCAUAAUUGGUGGCAGAAUGGAGCGGUACAAUAUUUGCUGGAGCAGGGUGCUGAUGUAAAUUUGAAGGAUGGAUAUGGCAAGACACCGCUGAGGUUGACUGUUAUUAGCUUCAUUAAUGGUGCGCCAUUUAGCAAGGAAAUCAUGAGGACGUUGUUGGAGGGAGGUGCUGAUCCGAAUAUUGCGGAUGAUCGGGGUUGGAGACCUUUGGAUGAGGAGGUUGAUGAUGCUGAGGUUGUUGAUUGGCUUACCAGGGCGGGAAAGGGAUUAAGUUAG